ACAACCAAGAACUACCAUCCCUGGAUUUCUAAAAAAGAAAUCUUCCAGAUUAAGACUCAAAGUUUAAAGUUUAUGGUUCUUCCAUAUGAACCGUAUGACCAAUGAAUUGAUCUGAAUUUAACAAAAAGUAAAACUGAAAGUAUCCUAUAAUACUGCUUGUGCAACUGAGUAGUGUUGAGCAACUAAAUAAUAUAUUGGUCAAACUAAGCAGACUAUUGCUUCAAGAAUCACGAUACACCAGAUUCGGUUUCAUGUACAACAUAAGUCUAGUGUUGCUCAACAUGUCUUGUAGAACGGAAACAGAUUGGAUGAGAAAUGUUUGAGAUUCAAUUGACGCAUUUAAAAGACUAGAAGUUGAAAAAUAUAAAAUGGGAUCUAUGAGGGCGAUGAAGAUCCCAUUCCAAGACUCAAAGUCAGUUAUUCAACCAUGCCCUCAUGAGCUCCAAAUCCGAGAAACAUCCUUCAACGUGCCUCAAUACUACAACGGUGUUCGUGACUACUACCACCCCUACGAUUACCACAGUUCUUUCGACUCCUGUUCCUGCAGCUCGGAAACCGAUUCGGUGAAAGCUUCGUUCCGCGGACCGUGGUGCGUCUGCAUCGUGGUAUGCGUCGUCGUCGCGACGCUGGCAGCAGGACUGGGGCUCCCCCUCGCUCUGAACCAGAAGACGCAGCCGCAAACUCCCGAAGAGCGCCUCGAGAUCGUCAAAAAACUCCUGAAAGACGCCCCGCUGAUCGACGGUCACAACGACCUACCUUGGAACAUCCGGAAGUUUGUCCACAACAAGUUGAAGAACCUAAACCUCAGUGCCAUAAGCGAGGAGGAACCCUGGGCAAAGAGUCGGUGGUCUCACACUGAUUUACCUAGGUUGAAAGCUGGUCUUCUGGGCGCUCAAUUUUGGUCAGCCUACGUGCCUUGCAAAGCCCAACACCUGGACGCCGUGCAGGUCACCCUAGAGCAGAUCGACGUCAUCACGAGACUGGUUGAAUACAACACGAAAGACUUCGCCUUGGUCAAAACCACGCAGGAGAUCCGCGCCGUCCACAAAGAGGGCCGCAUAGCCUCUCUCAUCGGGGUGGAGGGUGGACACGCUCUGGGGAACUCCCUGGCCGUCCUCAGAACUUUCUACAACUUGGGAGCUAGAUACUUAACCAUAACACACUCCUGCGACACCCCCUGGGCCACAGGCACCAACACGCAAGUUCAAGAAGGUCUAUCAGAGUUCGGGAAGAGCGUCAUCAAGGAAAUGAACAGGCUAGGGAUGAUCGUCGACCUCUCCCACACUUCAAUGAACACUGCCAGGGCUGCGCUGAACGUAUCGCACGCUCCCGUCAUUUUUUCCCAUUCGAGCGCCUUUUCCCUCUGCAACUCGUCUAGGAACGUGCCAGACGACGUGCUGCGAUUGAUAGCGCUCAACGGAGGAGUAGUCAUGGUGAACUUUUACAGCUACCACGUAGCGUGUAACGAAACUGCCACUUUACAAGACGUAAUCGACCACAUUAACCAUAUUAGGGGAGUCGCCGGAGUCGACCACGUGGGGAUCGGAGCGGGCUACGAUGGGAUCAAUAUGACACCUAGCGGGUUGGAAGACGUUUCUAGGUAUCCGCAUUUGCUCGCGGAGCUGCUGGCUGAUCCUGCUUGGAGCGAGAAGGAUAUCACUUCGCUGGCUGGUCUGAACUUGUUGAGGGUAUUCGAAAAGGUAGAGGAGGUAAGGGACAAGUGGAAGUUGGCCGAUGUUCGGCCUGUCGAGGAUUCGGCGCCGGCUAUACACAACCCUUGCUCUUCGUUGUAUUCUUGACACAGGUUUAUUAUGUAUUUAGGUAAUAACAGGUAUAGUUUUAUUUUCUGGUUAGUUUAAGGCAAACUGUUCGCUCCCCCAGCUCGCGAUAUAAAGUAUUUCGUAAGUAUGUCAGGAAAAUUCAGGAAUGAAUAUAUGGCGUUAUCAUAUGGAUUUUUUUUAAAUAUUAUUGUAAUUCAAUAAAUCCCAAAUAAUAUUUGACCUUGAGUCAGUGGCGUAUACAGAUCUCGUUUCGUUGGGGACCAAAAUAUUGAUUCUGGUGAUGAUACUAUCGAUUUAACUACAUUUUCAGAUUAUCUAUUUGAAUGAAUCAUUGAUAACACAGAAAAAUAUUUUACAAAAUGCGUAUCAAUUUUUCUCGUAAUACAGCUAGACUAAAUUAAUAUUAUGAAGGAAACAAUAUUUUUUGUAUGUUUGUUUAUAAUGGAUUGACUCAAAAACUACUCGAUCCAUUUUAAAAAUCAUUUCACCUACAAAAAUUAAAUUAUCACCGAAUAACUGGGCUAGUAGUAACAACGACAUCUUUUACCUCAAUAUUUUUUAGUCACUGUCAAAUUAUACUGGACUCUCAUACACUAUUUGAAAAAAAAUACGAAACCUGAAUUAUUUCGAGGAAAAAUACUGAUAACUCAGUUCCUGAAUUCUUGAUGUAUUAACGACACUUUGUAUGUAUCUCUGGAUGCAACUGGAAAAGUGGGUGGCAGAGCAUUAUUGAACCCCUUUCAAAAAGAUGAGGAUUAAAAGCAUUUAUUUUUAUUCCCUUUGAAAGACGUGAAAAAUCUGCUUCGUUUUAGUGAAUGUAUUGAGGCAUCUUCAAAAUAUAUAACUCACCCACUGCCAAAUUUGAGCACAAACUUUUAUAUAAAUACCUAAUAGGUUAUUGGCCAAUGAUAAUUCGACAAAAUCGAAAUUUCUUCAAAUAUUUUGGGGGUAUAUAUGUUUUCUUUUGGUAUCUUCGGUUUGUCGAAUUUUACAUUGAAAAACCCCAAGUAGACAAAUUUCCAAAAAAUGGUAGAAUAUCUCGCGAGUACCGUAGGGUGGAUAAUCAACCUAGCUGUACUAUCAUUUGAAACGCACAAUUUUUAAAUACAUUAUAUCCAAAAUGUCAUCAUGUUUCACAUUUGUAUAUAAUUUAUUUUUGGUACAGAAGGAGUAACAGGGCUGCCCGAUUGAAUAUUUGAAUAUUGUAUCAAAAUGUCGCUAACGGAUAAAGAAUUAAGGGCAUGCAUGUCCCACUAAGCAUAAAGUUUCGUCCUUGCGAUUCAUUUAAAUUUAUAAUCCCUUCAAUGAAUAUAUAUCACCUCAUGCAUGAAAUUUAUUUCAUUUCGGGCUGAUAGUAGGAUCAUUGAAGUUGAAGUUAUCCAGUUUCGUAGGUUAAUUUUCAUCUUUCUAUUUUAUAUUGAUUUACCCCACUUUUGAGAAUGUUAAUUGGAUUUUUAACCGGAAGGAUUGCACUUUAUUAUAAUUUGGCAGUCCUGUUUGUUAUUUUCAUAAACUACUCUAGAAUACGAGCAAUACUAAAAUGUGAGUAUUACGAAACAUUGAGUAAAAAUAUUAUACAUUGAAAGCAUAUGCUUCUAAAAUCGAAAUGUGGUCACUACAUUGGAAUAUACAUCAUUUUCAACAUCCAUCUAUUCACUAACCAACAGAGACUUCAACAUUACUAAUUCGAAUUUUUAGUAGGUAAAAAUGAAACUCGUGGAAUAAGAUUAAUCCCAAAUUGUAGUUUUCUUCAGUACCAACCUUCUUCGUGCGUCAAUCAUAAUGUGUAUAAACUGUAUAAUAGUGAUAGGUUAGAAAAUUUGCCGAAUAUCAUCAACAGUGCUGUAAACCUGUGACGUUACGAAACUGAUGGCUGUAUUGGAAACAGAGACGACUUGAAAAAUAUUCGCAGAACAUCAGAGACUAACGUUCAUGAAGUAGCUAUACAAAUUUGUGUUCCCAUCACCUUAUAUGUAUUCAAGACUUGCUGAAACAAUAUGCCGAUACCGCUACACGUUGAAGGAGAAUAGUGAUACACCCUUAGUCUUAGGAAAUUACAAAAAAGCAUUUUCCGAUCAUAUUAACCACAUUCUUCAUUUUAUCUUUUGAUAUUUCACUCACAAUUUGUAGAGUUAGUUAACGUAAACUCGUUAAUAAUACCGUAUUCGGUAAAACAAUAGAAAAGUUUAGAAAGUCUUCGAGUCCGGAAGUUUUAAAUAUUGAAUUUCGAUUUAGAAUGAUAAAAAAAAUGCGAAAAUUUGUUCUGAAUUAUAUAAUUUCAGGAAUUAAUUGUAGACUAGUGAAAAAAACAUUCACUUCAUUUAAUAGGACAUCGAAGAGAAUUUUACUAGAAGCAAAAAUUACCUUACAUCUUCAGAUAUUUUAAAACGUUGUUUUUGUACAAUAAUAAUAGGACGUAAUCAUAAAAUUGUACGGUGUUUCCAGAAAUAUACCCCAUAGUCAAAUAAAAAGUAAAAACAUGUACUACGAUUAUCCAUGAGUUUUAGAUAUCAAUUUAUUUAUCAAAGAUAGCUAUUAUCAUCUCAUACAAAACAAAAACCAUCCCAAUAAAUCCAAUACUGUUCAAAGAUAUCUGUGCGGUGGAUUAUCUUAAGCAAGUGAAAUGUAUCAGUAUUAUAAUAUGAAAAAAUAGGUUGUAAUAAGGUUGUACUAAUUAUCAAAACAUACAUUUAGUCUGAAAUAUGAACAUGUUUUUUUCAAUAAAUUGAUAGAUGUAGCCGUUAAUACGUGGUAGGAUA